AUGUCCAAAAUCGACGCCGCGAGCGCGCCCAUGGCAGCGCUUGCUCUGGGCCCUAAGACAGAGCUGCCUCGAGCUGCCGGGCUGUCCAAGGAUGAGACCGGGGACCCUGUCCCCGGUAGGCCCACGGACGAGACUCGAGCCGAAGAGGAAACCGCCGAAUGGGAUAAAGGAAUCGAGUGGAUAGACACUGCCGAGGGUCCGUCAUCUCUUCCCAUGCAUCAAUUCGUGGAUACCAGGCUCAAGGAGUUGGUUGCGAGGAAGGUAGGUGUCGACUCGACGCCUUUAACCUACGCGACCGCCCUUGCACAAUACGGCGAAUCGGUCUACAAGACACGGAAAAAGCUUCUCGAGCUAGGCUUGUCUUCCGUCGGCGUCCGGUUCCUGUUUGACAUGAAAUUCCCUACCGAGAAGCCCAAGAUUUCCAGGGGCCUUCGCGACUCUAUAUAUAGUCGGAUGGUCAUGGAGAAGAGAAGACUGGACGCCAGCGGAUGGACAGAGGUCGGCAAGAAUGGCAAGGCUACAGAGCCCGCCAAGCCCGCGGCGGUUCAGAGCAAGCACAUUUGCUACAACUGCCGCGAGGCUGGGCACAUUGCAAAGAAUUGCAAGGCGCCGAAGCAGCAGAAGCCGCAGCAGACCAUGCUCAAGGCGUGGAAGGCUGAGCACAUGCAGUUGGGGGAUGUGCCCGUUCAUGGCGUUGCCCCGUUUUCGGUGAUAGUUCCCGGCAGCUUCAACCGCCAGGGCCUCGUGACGAUGGUCGGGACAAGCAACGUCUUGGUGCAGCCGCCCGGCAUGCCAUAG